GCUUACAAGCGAAAUGCGUUUUAUCCUACUGCAUAUAUAAAAUAACGUAUUAUAUAUUUUUAAGGUGAUCAUAAUAAGUGAAUAAAGUAAACCCCAGGUAUAACCAUGGGAACAUGGGAAGGACAUAUUUCGCCAGGGCUGGCGUUCUAUUCAUUCGGAAUUGUGUUUUGUUUUCAAUAUUCGAAGCAACAUUUGAUGAAAGGUAGAAUUGGAAAGAAGACGACAAACAAGAUGGCGACCACAUGGUUGGGGAAAGUGUGGCAGAGGUUAAGAUUGGUUCCAUUAGACGCCUUUAUGAAGAUAUUGUACGGAUUCGGGGCGGCGAUGGCAGAACUUUUCUACCCCCCCGGAACCAAUAAGCUGUACAUGGUUUACCCGGAUGGAACGUGGGCGCAUUUGAACGAAUGGCAGCACUUCACGAUGUAUAUGUCGUUCGCUGCAAGUGGAAUCGUGGAUAUGUUAAGCAUAAGAUGCGCCAAGAAACGGCUGGUUUCGUUAGAGAAGGCAGCAGUCGCUGCAGCUUUCUAUAUCACAGCUUUGCUACUAUUCUUUCAUCGGCAUGGAAAGCACGAGCUAGAAAUGGACGCCCACACCCUCCUAUUAUAUGCCAACUUAUCUAUGUGUGUUGUUCUAACUGCUGAGAUAUGGUGGCCGUUUGAUCAACGGUUGAUGUGGGCUCAUACAGUAUUAGUGAUGCAGAUGGGUAGUUGGCUUUUUAACCUCGCUUUCAUUUUGUUUCCAUUGAACGGGAAACACUGGGACCCCGAUGACGGCAACAACCAGAUGGUGUUACCAAUUUUCUUCUGCUGGCAUAUCUUCUUUAACUGUUUUAUACUUGCCCUUAUAUUUACAAUGCAAUAUCUAUGGAUUAAGGUGCGGCAUAGAAAAACUUAUCAAAACAUGGACGAAACCGAGUUGAAUUGUUGCGUCUUUGAGGGUUCGAAUGAGAACCUACUCCCUACGACAUCUAGCGGCGAUGAUGAAAACGACUUAAGGUUCAGCAGCGAAACAACCCCGUUUCUCAACACUUGCGCGUAAAUAUAUAUCCACACACUAUAUGCAACUGUUGGGCGAUGACAAUCAUACUUUAACGCUCUGUGUUCAAACCACUGGACCAUUAUAUUUGUAAAUAUGUUUCAUUCAUCCGACCGUACAUAUGACGUAUAUUUGCUGUAAUUUUAUCGGUUUAAUUCGUUUACUAACGGUUUUUAUUUUACAAGAAUUUUUAAAAUAAAAUCUAGUAGAUGUAGUAAUAUUGGAACUUUAUAAAAAAAGAAAAUGUGAAAAAAUAC